AUGUUCACCUUCAACUCGCUCGUCCAAAAGGCCCAAUCACUCAUUGAUCCCUCAGCGUCACCAAGCACGAGAAACUCCGAUGGAAGUCCUUCCAAGGCCGCUCUCUUUCGCCUCCAGUUCCGCCUUCCAGACUCCCAAACGCCACAGCACGAGAUCACUGCGGAGCUGUCCCUGUCUGCACCACACAGCUCACGAGCUUCAGCACAAGGGCCAAAGGAGAAGCAGAAACCACAAGAGCGAGGGACUACAUACGUAGGGAAGCUGCAUUUGAGCGAAAGCUUUCUGUGCUUCUCCACGCAGCCUACCAGCUUCCACCACAGUGCAAGCACGCAGGCUUCAAGCGCGUUCACUGGCCAGACUCAAGGAGCGGGGCCUGCAGGCAAUGGGUUCACCCUACCGUUGUGUGCUAUUCGAAGGGUUGAGCGGCUUCAAACACCCAAUAGUCUAUUCGCAUUGGCAAUCACGACAUGGAAUGGAUUUACUGCCCUCUCGGGCAAGCAGGGCAACUCAAGCGAUGCUCAACGCUUCACAGUACAGCUUGCGGGUAGCAGACAAGCCUCGGAACGCUUUUGUGAUGGAAUGAAGAAGGGCCUGAGGGACGGAGUCAAGGAGGUGGAGAAUCUGAAAGCAGUAAUCGGCGAAUGCUAUUCCGAGUAUCUGCUGUCUGGAGCCAACAAAGCGGAGCGGGAGAAUGCUUUGUUGGUGAAUGGAGUAAAGGAGCCACCAGACGCAGGACUUGGCAUGGUAUUCAGAUACCCAGGUGAUGCCAAGAAGCUGAGGGAGCAGAGUAAGAUGAGGCUAUGGAGAGAAUAUCUCCGAGAUAAUGGUCGAAACGCUACACUCAUCCGACAACCUACGUUUCAUAAGUUGAUCAGAGUUGGCCUGCCAAACCGUCUUCGUGGAGAAACAUGGGAGCUCACAUCGGGAUCCUUAUACAUCCGGCUCCAGAAGCCGAGAUUGUUCACAGACACGCUAUCAAGAUAUUCAGGACGUGAAUCUUUGGCUAUUGACGAGAUCGAGAAGGACCUGAAUCGGAGCUUGCCGGAAUAUCCUGGCUUCCAGAGCGAAGAAGGUAUCGGACGUCUUAGACGGGUCUUGACUGCUUACAGCUGGAUCAACGAAGAAGUAGGCUACUGCCAAGCUAUGAAUAUUGUGGUCGCAGCGCUUCUCAUCUAUAUGUCUGAAACGCAAGCCUUCUUCCUGCUCUCUGUUUUGUGUGAUCGACUUUUGCCUGGCUACUACUCUACAACCAUGUACGGUACGCUUUUAGACCAGCGGGUGUUCGAAUCUCUGGUCGAAAAAACAAUGCCGAUACUUUGGGAACAUCUUGUCAAGUCGGACGUACAGCUAUCUGUGGUAUCAUUGCCUUGGUUUCUUUCCCUCUACAUUAACUCUAUGCCUUUGAUAUUUGCAUUUCGAGUUCUUGAUGUUUUCUUCUUGGAGGGUCCGAAGGUGCUUUUCCAAGUCGGCCUCGCCAUUCUGAGGAUCAACGGAGAGGAUCUCCUUGACAUCACUGACGAUGGCGCUUUUAUAUCAAUACUCAAAACCUACUUCUCGCGCUUGGAAGAAUCGGCACAUCCAAAGUCGGAGAAUGAGAAAUUUCGCGCUGUGACUAAAUUUCAAGAACUCAUGGUGGUUGCCUUCAAAGAAUUUGCAGGAAUCACUCAAAGCACAAUAUCCGAACAACGGGCAAAGCACAAAGAUGCCGUGCUUGACAACAUUGAGAGCUUUGCCAAGAGGACAUCGAUCCGAAAUCUAGGACCUGAAAGUAAGCGUCUGAGCAUGGAUGAUCUGGGCUUCCUCUACGAUCGAUUUUAUGGCAUAUUGUAUGAGAGGGAGCAACGUAUACAGGUCAUGCGGGAAGACAUCGACCGACGGGCCAAAGCUAGAAACGACAAUGCUACAGAACUCGUUACUGGCAUUCCAGGCAAUUCCAGUAUUGAGAUAGGUCGUGUGGGUUUGGGACCUAGCCCCACUUUGAUGAAUUAUGAUAGUUUCAGGGAAUUUCUAGCCGGGAUCACCCGGUGGGCCAUCACAGAUGCACCUACAUCCCACAAUGACUCCAUGUCCGAAAGGGCGAGCAGCGUAUAUUCUGGGCACAGCGGAAGAGGGCGAAGCCCUUCGCUGUCACCAUGGGGUGCAGGCAACUCUGAGCCUGCAGACCACGACUUUAUGCAACGGCUGUAUGGAAAGUGGAACAAGGACGAUAAUGACGGCUUGAGCCUGCAAGAUGUGGUCACGGGUCUUGCACGCGUCAAAGGUACAACAGACAUCAUGACUAGCAUUAGCUAUUUCUUCGAUUUGUACGAUGACGAUCAUGACGGCAAAGUCGACAGAGAAGGCAUUCUACGCAUUUCGGAAGCUUUGCUCUUCCUGACGCGGAGAGGUCUUGGAGGCAGCUCAGUACCAUCGUCGAUCUCGAUCGCUUCCACUCUUGACGACGGGGUCGAUCCGAAAAGCUCAAGCGCAGAUGAAAGAUUUCUCGGCAGCAUCAGUGCCUUCAUUCGUCGCUGUUUCGAGUAUGCGGACCCUGACCAUCCCCAGAACCAAAGUAACAACCUCACCUCCUCUCCUAAUACCGAACUCAAUAUCAGUAUGGACCACUUCACAAUUGGCGACUCCGAUUCCGAAGGAGACCUCCUCGACCUCGGUAUCAAACCCACGUUGCUUCAACAAUUUUCGCCUUCGAAUCCAUCACCUCCCGCGCUACCUCGCCGCACCUCGUCGUUAAGCCACACCCAGUCUAAAUCCAUAUCCAAGCGAUCCGCCAACAUCGCCCUCGACCCGUCCAACCCUCUUCACAUCACUCUCCCAACCUUCCGUAUGGUAAUUCUCGCCGAUGAGCUGCUCCAACAGUUCUUUGAAUCUGCUUUCCCAGCCUCCUUUCAUCUUUCGGACCAUCCUGCUCAUUCACAUUCUCAAACACCACUGACGACCUUCUCCUCACCCACGCCCACCGUGCCUGCCGCACCUCGAGGUGGUAUUGUGCCACCUGUAAAGGGAUUGAGAGGUGUGUUGGACAACAUCGUGAGCGAUGGCAUGAGAGUAGCGGGCGAAGUCCGCAAGAGGGUAGACGAAGCACAGAGAGAGAUGGAGAGGAGUGCGUUACAACGCUCUGAAACCGAUCUCGACGACGAAGAAGAGAAAGGAGCGUAUGGCGUGGAGGCGGAUAGAAGGAGUGUGAGAGAGGGUGAUAGAGAAUUAUUGGAGGGAGAGGGAGGCAGUUGUAGGAGUCGGCAGGGGGCAUCUACAGGAGGCACGACAAAAUGGUUCUUGACGCAGACGAAGUUCAAUCUCGGCAUUGCACGCAAAGGUUCAACCAAGAUGGCCUGGGACCCGGCGAAACCUCAUACUCGUUGCGUUGUGUUCCUCUAUGAAAGGAGAUUGAUAUUCCAACUAUGCUUCAUUGUGCCCGAGGUAAUAUUCAAGACAGCGGCAGUACUCUUGGCCGUGCUUGGAGCAUCAAGUUGGGGCGAAGGUAUGGUGAAAGAUGAUCUCGAUCCCUUUGUCACAUACCGCGAAAUUUCCGCAUCCGGCAAUGAAACGAAAUCAGCAAAGCAAACCUCACUUUCAAAAAUCACCAACACUCUGACUCAUGGAUUUCACACAACCUGCGUGAUCCACCGCGUCAAGUCUCGCAUUUUCUUUCAUCAAUCCUACAUACUACACACAGUGCUUGAACCAGCACAUCAGACCUCACAUCUACUUUACACUUCAUCAACACAUUACCCAGUACAGACCUCGCAUAACCCAUCGCGUCACAUCUCACAUUUUUCUUCAUCCACACCAACCAACCUCGCACCUCACCCGAUCCUCUGCAUCAUUCAAUCCUUGCAACACGGUUUCGACCCACCCACGGUAAAAAUGGCGGGAACACCGGAACAACAUAUCUGGAUGCUUAGAAAUAAGCUGGAAGACGCGAACAAAGCGGCGGAAGAUGAAAUGCGUCAAAAAACCGAGUUCAAAAACACAAACGAUCAGCUGAUGAAGCUACUCCGAACACAGAAGGAUGCGAUUACAAAACUCGAAAGGCAUGCCAAGAACUGCGAAAAGGCUACGAACAAAGCUCAGAAAGAAGCCAAAAACGCGAAAGGCCAUGCAGAUCACCUUGUCGGCAGCCAGAAGGGCCAGCUUAAGAAUGCGGAACGUAGGUACGAAACUGCGGCACGUGAUCUACAAGCGUGGAGGGAAAAAUAUGGGUGGUCCGUAGAAAAACCUGCCGAAGAGAAAGAUGCUCUUCAGGCGACCAUUUCCGAAUGGCAAUCAAAGGCACAAAAGGCUCAGAACCAAAUCGCUUCGUUGGAAGAGCUGGUCCAAGGGACACCGGAGCAGAUAGGACUCCAUCAAGCGUUGGAACAGUGGGAGGAGCACCAAGGCUGUUCAGAAGAAGUCGCAGAUCUUCAAGAUAAAGUUCAUGACGGGAAGCUGCUCAAGGAGAAGCUGGAGUCAGAUCUCAACACUAGCAGAGAGCGCCAUCAGAAAGCAAAGUCUGACAUCAAGGCUCUUCAAGUCAAGGCCCACCAGCUGGAACAGGCCAACCAAGCCUUAAAAGAUCAAGAUGGGACCCAGGACUACAUUCUGCACAUCCAGAACCUGGAAUCGGAUCUCAAAGCCAGCACAGAGCUACAUCAGAUUACAGAAGGGAACAUGAAAGCACUCCAAGAACAGUUGGUUCAACUAGAACAGGCCAACCAAGCCUUAAAAGAUCAAGAUGAGACCCAGGACUACAUUCUGCACAUCCAGAACCUGGAAUCGGAUUUCAGAGCCAGCGCAGAGCUACAUCAGAUUACAGAAGGGGACAUGAAAGCACUCCAAGAACAAGUGAUUCAGCUAGAACAGGCCAACCAGACCUUCCGAGAUCGAGAAAAGACCGACGUCGACAUGUUAGAUGACGACGUGCUAGACAGAGAGAAGCUGGUGUCAGACCUCAAAGCUUCCCAAGAGCAACACCAAGAAGCUGAGUCGGAGAUGAAGGCCCUUCAGGAAAAGGCUGAGCGACUAGAACAAGCCAACAAGGCCUUCAAAGAUCAAGAAAAGAGCCAUAACGAUAUGCUGCAAAAGCUGGAGUCGGAUCAGAAAGCUAGCAAGGAGCAACUUCAGGAAACAGGGUCGAACAUGAAGGCAGUCCAAGGACUGGCAGAGCAACUAGAUUCGGAGCUCAAAACCGCAAAAGAGCAACAUCAGUCAACAAAGUCAGACAUGGAGGCACUCCAAGGACUGGCAGAUCAACUAGAUUCGCAGCUCAAAACCGCAAAAGAGCAACAUCAGUCAACAAAGUCAGACAUGGAGGCACUUCAAGGACUGGCAGAUCAACUAGAUUCGCAGCUCAAAACCGCAAAAGAGCAACAUCAGUCAACAAAGUCAGACAAGGAAGCACUCCAGGGAUUGGCAGACCAACUACAGUCGGAGCUCGAAAUCGCAAAAGAGCAAAAUCAGGCAACAAAGUCAGACAAGGAAGCACUCCAAGGAUUGUCAGACCAACUAGAGUCGGAGCUCGAACUUGCAAAUGAGCAAAUUCAGGCAUUAAUAUCAGACAUGGAGGGACUCCAAGGAUUGUCAGACCUACUAGAGUCGGAGCUCAAAACUGCAAAAGAGGAACAUCAGACAACAAAAUCAGACAUGGAAGCACUCCAAGGAAAGGCAGAUCAGCUGGAGCAGGCCAAUCAAGAAUUCCAAGAAAAGGAAAAUAAGACAUUCCAGACCAAGAUCUCCGAGGAGAAAGUGCAGGGUUGGAAGAGAAACAGCGACUUAUCGGACGCAGUGCAGCGAGAUAUUGAAGAGCGUACGAGGUUGCUGCAAUCACAGAUUGGGACCCCCAUGGAAGCCGAACGUAGCCAGGUCACACCGCCCGCGUCACCAACGUACACAACAGAUGAGGGCAGUCUAGAUUUGGAGAAGACUCCCCGCGCUAAGAAAUCACUGCGUCAAGACCUUGGCUAUUCCUCUCGUGAUCAGAGCGACGAAUACCAGUCCGACGUUUCCAUGCCGCAGCAACAGGGUGUAAUGAUGUCGAAGCAAGCGGAGACAAGUGAAGAGAAGAAGGCAGCGGGUGCAGCAAACUGGGAGACGGACGGUUCAGAGGAUGUUGGAGAGCAUGCUAGAGGGAGCAUGCGUCGAAAGAUGAAGAAGCUACUGUCACUGGAGCGUCAAGCAAAGAACCUCGAGACACUUGAGGUGCGAGGAAAGGGACGAGCGAAGGAACAGUCAGAAGCCCUCGAGAGCCUAUUCGAAUGUACCCCAGCAAAGGCCGACGCCAUCGACCGACGCCUAAAGGCUCUAGGUCCAGGCUGCCGACUCUAUGAAGCACCAGCGCUCGUUGCAUACGAACUAUCGGGGAUACCGGAGGAUACCUACAAGGGGUUGGCAUCCGGCCAGCUUAUUGCGACGAUGCCGCUCAACGAGGUCAAAGACGUGGGAACGAACCCCGAUGUAUUUGCCGAUGAUAGAGCAACCGAUACCACGGACCUGCCUGUCAAGGAAGUCGCAGUCCCUCUCCGUUCCGCCAAAGAUAUGGCAACAGACACCACGGACCUCCCCGUCAAGGAAGUCGCAGACCCUCUCCGUUCCACCAAAGAUAUGGCAACAGACACCACGGACCUCCCCGUCAAGGAAGUCGCAGACCCUCUCCGUUCCGCCAAAGAUAUGGCGACAGACACCACGGACCUGCCCGUCAAGGAAGUCGCAGACCCUCUCCGUUCCGCCAAAGAUAUGGCGACAGACACCACGGACCUGCCCGUCAAGGAAGUCGCAGACCCUCUCCGUUCCGCCAAAGAUAAGGCGACAGACACCACGGACCUGCCCGUCAAGAAAGUCGCAGACUCUCUCCGUUCCGCCAAGGAUAUGGCGACAGACACCACGGACCUGCCCGUCAAGAAAGUCACGGUCACUCCCCGACUAGAUCCAGCAUGGAAUCGUGUACAAAAAUGUAUACUCCCAUCGGUACACGCCAUUGCCAGCGCCUUCACGUCACGCUUCGACGCCUAUCACAUUCGUCUACCCCCCAAUGCCGGCGCCGCAGCUUGGAUUGGCAAUGAUGAUGAAGGGGGGCUCGUUGGGUGGGGGAGUGAGGGGGUGACGCCUCCGGCAAUAUCCACCACCUCCAACCCUCGGAUCAGAGAGGGUUUUGGGUUUGCCACGACUGCGGUCACCUCAACAAUAAUGUUCUUUGCCCUGAGAGAUGUGGCAUUUGUCCUCAUUACAGGUGCGGAUCUUGCAAUGAAUGCUAAAGGCGAGAGCUUGUCUGUGUGGUUGAGUGGGACAUGCAAGGAUAAGCGAGAGAUACAACGAGGAUAA